AUGAUUGCCGAUACUGAUUUUAUAUAUUCUAUAGAGACGGCAUUGAGUUUCGUCAUGUUUAGUAACGCCCCACCAAGAUUUCUCCAGUAUCCUAUAGUCGGCAUUUUGUGUUUCGAAAUACAAACUAACAACGAUGAUAUAGAAGAUCGGAUGGAGACACAAAGCAUCCAGCUAUAUACCGCAAGCAUUUCCGGAAUGAGAACACUAUUGAUGCAACUCUUGCCGAACGAAUUUAGAAAGAAACCAUGUUUUGAUGAGAAAGCAAGUGAAGUCGGACUUCCUACUAUCGUAUGGUACGAUGCGAGUAAAGAAACCGUUCACAAGCAAAAUCCAAUGCCGAAUGAACACCUAGUAGCAUCGACAUACAAUAUUUCCACUGGAGUCUUGCCGGAGGUUAUCGUUCAUCCAAGUCCUGAUAUCUGGACUGAGAUCAACGAAGUAGAAAUUCCACAGCCUGGGCCCGACGAUGUGGUGAUCAAAGUCAUUGUUGCGGGGAGUAAUGUCAAAGAUUGGCUCCAUCUCAAGGCAUUGAAGAAGUCACUCAACAGUGGAGAUGAUAUCGCUGGUAUUGUACACUCCCUUGGUACCAAUGUGCAAGCAAAGAAUGAAUAUUCUCCUGGAGACCGUGUUGCUGCCUUUCAUCCGAUGAUGAGACCUCAUGGAGCUUACGCCGAAUACGCUGUUGCGCCGAUUCAUACUGUAAUGAAACUUCCAGAUGCAAUAACUUUCGAAGAAGCUGCGACCAUUCCGCUAGUUGCCACGACGGCGGCACUAUCUCUAUUUCGCCGUCAGCAUUUACCACCUCCAUGGUCGCCAAGGGCUGAUAGUGUUCCUCUUCCGCUCAUCAUCUAUGGUGCAUCUUCUUCUCUUGGUACAUUUGCAGUCAAAUUAGCUCGCGCCUCGAAUAUCCACCCAAUUAUUGCUAUCGCAGGAGGCAGUUCUUUGCAUUUACAUUCCCUUCUUGAUUCAUCUUCUGGUGAUAAGCUAAUCGACUAUCGCUUGGGCAUUGAACAAAUGAUCAAAGCCACUAAAGUGGCCUUGGGAAGCUUAGAGUGUCACCAUGCUCUUGAUGCCAUCAGCUCAAAUGGCACAUGGAUCCCGAUAUCUCAUAUGCUAGCUCCAUCAUUUUCGUCGCAGUCGCCAUCUUACUUAUCAGUUGUCACAGGCUCUAAUAAGUACGACGAAGAAUCAAUUCAGUCGGGAAUUGAAGUAAUAUAUACCAUGGUAGGCACAGCACAUACGGGCGUGUAUAAACCAGACACGGUUAAACAACCAUCUGAUAAAGAGUUCGUGAAAGGUGAUCCAGAGUGGGUGGCUGUGUUCUUCAGUUACAUGUCUCAGAUGCUGGUGGACGGCAGACUUACUGGACACCCCUUUGAUAUUAUCGGUGGAGGGUUGACAGGAGUUGGAGAGGGCCUGAGACGUUUACAGAGAGGACAGGCUAGGGGAGUUAAAUAUGUCUACAAGAUCGGAGAAGUUGAGUGA